ACGAGACGGCGUGUGGGCAGGAUUGUCGGCGGGCGUCGCUGUGCCACGACGACGCUCGCUCUUUCCCGGGGCCCCGCCGCACGUGGGGGGCGGCAGCGCUCUCCGCGGAAGGGUCUUCCCCCUCAACAAAAUGGCGGGGCUGCGCGGAGGCGUCUCCGCGCCUCAAAGCCUGGCGGUGGAGAGGGCUGCUACUUGAGGGACGGCUUUGCGAGGCGGCCAGUGGUCUCCUCGGCCGUUAGAGCCCACCCCUCAGGGCGGCAGGCGGUGAGGGGCAGCUUCCGUGCAGCCCCCGCGCUUCCGCCCUCCUUUCACCUCAGGCGCGCUCCACCUGCCUGCCCAUCGGGUGUGAGAGCUCCGGGACGGUGAGGGCGGCCGAGCCCAACAGGCGUGGGUUUUCUCACAGGAAAAAGACAUUCCUCUCCUCUCACAGGAGAGGAGAGUUGAUCAAAAAUGACUAGCAGCAAUGGCUGGUUUCAGAGUGCUGAAAUACCCACCUUUGACCCCAUACAAAAGAAGACUUUGCCAGCUCAGCCUCCUAGGCAGCCACUUUUAAAGAAGCUUUCUCAGUCUGUGACUGUAAGGCCAAAACUUCCACCUUCUGAGAGGUGCAGUGUACCAAAGGUGAUGCAAAAUCCAGAACCUUUCCUUUUGAAAGCAGCCCAUGCACCCCCCUUAUCAGCACUUCCUCCAAAGAAAGACUUAGAGGAGUUUAUUGCAAGAUAUGAACAGGGAGUAAUAAACCCAGUAUCUGCCUUGCAUCAGUUUGCACAAAUGCACCAUUUACAACUUGAAUUGAAAGAAACUAGUGUGGCAGGCAAUAUCAUAAGGCCUUAUUUUGCCUUUUGUGCUGUGGUAGAUGGUGUUUGCUACAAGACUGGACUGGGAAAAAACAAGAAGGAAUCUAAAUUAAAUGCAGCUAAACUGGCUCUUGAUGAGCUACUUAACUUGGAGUAUACAGGGACAAAAGCUUCUAAAAAGUCAGAUCCCUCCUGUACUCCUGCUGAGCCCCAAACUUCAGCAAACUCUGUUCGUGUUUCAAGGAUCUGUUUUGAAGGAGGACAGCUUAUAUAUCAAAAGCUUUCACGAACACUUGAAGAAGUAUUUAACAGCCUGACUGCCAAACAUCCUGAGUACCAAAGUUGUGGCAGUUCACUGGCUGCCUUCAUCAUUGAAAAAGGUGGACAGCAUGAAGUUGUAGCUCUAGGAACAGGAGAAUGUAAUUACAGUCAGUGCUUUCAACCUUGUGGAAGAGUGUUGCAUGACAGCCAUGCCAUUGUUGUUGCAAGACGUUCUCUGCUUAGAUAUUUUUAUAGACAUCUUCUGCUGUUCUAUAAUGAAAAUCCAGCAAGGACAGAGAAAUCCAUAUUUUGCACAGCACCAGGCUCGAAGCUGCUUACCCUAAAGCAAAAUACAACUGUCUUUCUCUACAUGAAUCAGCUUCCAAAAGGAACUGCUCAAUUAAAAUCGCAGAUCCAUCUCAAUCCACAAUCUAUAUCUGCUUAUGAAACUAAUGAAGAACUGAGUCUCCAUGUUGCUAUAGAAGGCAAGAUUUACCUAACUGUUUGUUGUCCACCUAAAACUGUUAGAGCAAGCAGUAUGUCAGCUAGUGACAAAUUAACAAAAUGGGAAGUGGUUGGUGUUCAGGGAGCGUUGCUGAGUCACUUCAUUGAACCAGUGUAUAUCAACAGUAUUCUUGUAGGAAAUGGAAAUUGCAGGGAUACAAGAGGGCUAGAAAUAGCUAUAAAACAGCGUGUUGAUGAUGCACUUACAUCAAAGCUUCCCAUGCCUUAUCUGGUCAACAGAUCUCAUACUUACUUGGUGAAUGCUGCACACCCAAUUCAAAUAGACUUUGAACAGAGGUCUCUUAGUUUGAAUUGGUCAUUGUCAGAUGCAUCAGUGGAGGUUGUGGAUGGGUUAAAUGGAAAAACCACCGAAAGUUCACCAUUCAAAAGUGGCACUUACAUGGCAAGUCGUCUUUGCAAGGUGGCAAUGUUUAGUCGUUUCAGAUUGCUUGCUAAGGAAGCAGAACGGAAUGAUUUGCUUCAAGUUGCAACGUACCAUGAAGCUAAGAUUCAAUCUGAAUUGUACCAAGAAGCCAAAAACUUGUUGCAAAGCUACUUGGAGCAACAUAGUUAUGGAUCCUGGAUUGUGAAGUCUCCACAUAUCGAACAGUUCAGUGACUGACUGUGAGGCGGAUUGUAUGUGAAGUCAGUUUGGAUGAUUCAGUAAAAUGUAAUUCUGGUUAGUAAAAUGUUUAACUGUAGGGUUCAUAUUUGCAGCAAGAAAAUCAUUCCAGAGCUGCUUCUUGUCAAUUUAAAUUGACAGUUAUUAAACCAUCUGUAACAGUUCAGUCUUUUCCAAAAGUUGAUGUUUUCUUGUAGGUAGGAGUAUCUAACAGCUUUGCAAAUCUGUUUUGUUUUGCCCCCCAAUGCCACCUCAUUUCUGCUCCCUCACUCCCACCCCUCCCCCUGUGGGGUUAACAUGUUUUUUUCCUGUUAGUUUCAGGAUUGCUGUGUAUUGAUUUCUUCUUUUUCCCCGCCUUUUUUGUAACUGUCUUUAAGGAAAAGAAAAAAAAUCAGUAAAAGUUGGAUUUCUUUUUAAAAAAAAAGAAGUAUACCAGUAAGAAUCACUUUCAGAAACAAAAAUCGGCAAUCUGUGCUUUAUCUGUAGGCAUCCUUUGCUAGUCAUUUUAAGACUUUUGUUAGCAUGGAUUUGCUAAGUGGCUUGUAGUUUAUCGUAUAUUGUUUGUGGUAGAAGGGUUAAAAAAUAAUCUGUGUACUUCCAAAUGUGAAACUUUGAAUUACCAAGCUGUUACUCAACUGUUUUGUGACAAUCACUAUUUUUGGUAGUGGAUUUAAAGCGUUUUAAAGGUGUCAAAGCUGUAAAUAACAAAAUAGUGUGAUGUAGUAUAGAAGCCACCAGAAACAAGGUUCCUUCAACUUUGUGGGCUUCCCCAAAAACCAUCAGAUGUUAGUGCUUGUAGAUUAGUUGGACUCCUCCACCCACAGACUACUUCAUUGCUGUACUGAUGAGUCCUUGAAAAAUUGUCUGCAUGCAUAAUAAUCUGAAAAAUGUUGCCCAUUGAGAGGGAAGUUGCUUCCGUGUAAGUUAUGGUAAGAUUAUGCUAACAUUAUGAUAACGUUUAAAAGGAUGUUGUUAAGUACCAUACUUGGGGUUUGUGUGGUGUUGUGAAACAUUAGUGUAUUUAAGCUAGAUAGUACACUUUCAUUAUGUUACAUGAUUUUUGUGUAUCGUAGCUACAAGUGUAGGAAGCUGUUAAUUUAUGUAGUGUUCUCAUACAGCAGGAAUAGUAUAGUGCUGUACUCAUGUUUCAGCUUCUUAUUGUAAGAGGAUUCUAAAACAGAAACCUCCUUCCGGUAUUUUUUUUUUUUUCGUAAUCUGUUUUUCUAACUAGUAUGCAGUAUUCACUGGAGCUGAUCUUAUGUUGAUUUUCAAGUUGUUGAAACUCACUGACUUGUUACUUACCUGCCCUUGACCUUUUUUUGCUAUUCUGCUAUUUUGUUUUCUGUUACUAUCUUUUAACUUGGGGGGGGUGUGGUGUGGUGGUGUUUUGUUGUCUUUUUGUGGCACAUGCUCCACAUAAUAUUUGCUCCACGUAAUGUUUCCUUUCUAAGAAUGCUUGAGAAUGGCCAUCAUAUCCCAGGCUAGAGCAUAGCGUUACCUUUUUUCAGAGGUGGUAAAACUUCAAUAAAUUUCCUUGACAGUG